CAUAAACAAACCGCUGCAGUGACAGUUUGCCGGAAACCACUGCUGCCAACCCAAUUUGACAGCUACUUUACCUCGACCUAACCUUUUCCUUGGCAUACGUGAAGUUGACACGUUCAAAGCACCAGCUAAGCCAGCAAAAUGACCAACUCGAAGGGUUAUCGCCGCGGAACUCGGGACAUGUUCUCCCGUCCCUUCCGCAAGCACGGAACCAUCCCGCUGUCCACCUACAUGAAGGUGUACAAGGCCGGCGACUAUGUCGACAUUAAGGGUCACGGUGCCGUCCACAAGGGCAUGCCCUACAAGGCGUACCACGGCAAGACCGGCCGCGUGUACAACGUCACCAAGCACGCCCUCGGCGUGAUCGUGAACAAGCGCGUCCGCGGCACGAUCCUGGCCAAGCGCAUCAACGUGCGCAUCGAGCACGUGAAGCCGUCCCGCUGCCGUGAGGACUUCCUGCGUCGCGUCAAGGAGAACGACAAGGCGCGCCACGAGCUGCGCACCAAGAACCGCAAGGCCAAGAUCUGCCUGAAGCGCAAGCCGGCGCCCCCACGUGGCGAGCAGGUCAUCGUGAACCCGCCCACGCCGGUCUUCCUGGCCCCGAUCCCGUACGAGUUUAUCGCGUAAGGUGGAUGUGGUGACUGGACGGACUGAUGGAUGGUGUGAAUGUAUAUGGUUAAUACAAAAAAAAAACAAAUUUAAUUUAACUGUGA